CAGAAGCACUACUUAUAAACAUCUCUUUGAGAGGAAAAUAUUACAUUGAAGGAUCCCCUGUCACCAUGGCCUGUGAAGCUUCUGGGAAACCAUUGCCGGAUGUGACAUGGAUUAGAAAUGGAGUAAUGGAAAGUUCAGGGAAGAAAGCUACGCUUUUAAAGUUCAAUAAUAUAAAAAGAACAGAUGCAGGACAAUACACAUGUCGAGCCAAUAACUCAGUGGAAGUCACUUCUAUUGACACAUCAAUUGUAGUUCAGUGUAAGUAUAUUUUAACCUUAAUUUACUAUUUCUGACAAAUCUGUUCAAAAGUGAAAGGAAACAGAAUUCCACAUCAAAUCCUUUUCGGCUUUGUAUGCAUUGGUCCCAAUUAUUGGUUGGGACAAUUGAAUUUACGUAGAAUCAUAGCUCAUGUUAUUUUGCACAGAAGGAUGUGACAUUUUUUAAUAAGUCAUUGCUUCAGUUGGACUGUGUUUAAUUCUGAAAAUGGCUUAAAGCCAUUUCCGAAUCAUUGUGACAUCUCAAAAUUUACUCCGUUUGACUAGUGCACAAGGCUAGCGCAAAUUCUGAUUCUGUGUGAGGGCUCUUGUUGGAGCUUAAUGGAAAGCUGAAAAUUGAUCAAAAUUCUGUCAGCUGAGAAAUUACAUGUUUUUUUUAGUGAUAGCUGAGAUCAGCUCAUAGAUGCGAAAAUUGGCUGAAACUAAAACUGCAUGCUUAAGAUUUGCACACAUGUUUGAAACUGGCUUCUUAUCUUGAUACAAGUAAUCUAAACUAUUGCAUCAGAAUUUCCAAUUUCCAAUUUACAAAAAACACUUACAGCAGAAUUUGAAAGCAUCUUAGCAAUUAUACUAAUAACAGAAGUUAUUCGCCUCAGGCUUGGUGACGAUUGAUGAAUAAUCGCUUCAACUUCGUCUUGGAGAUCGUUCAACAAUAUUCACUUCACCUUUAAAUAUUAAAUGUACAGUACUGUGUAAAAGUAACGCAAGGGAAAUGCACAAAUUUCGUGUUUUGCUCUACUAAACUUUCGUUGAAAUUUCGUGCAAAAGUUCGAAUGAUAAUUCGAGGCUUUUUGAGCGAAAGUUCAGUUGAACAAAGAGCGCUAUUUUGUCGAAUUUUUGCUCUGAAACAAAAGUUCGGUGAAAUUUCGAGAUAAAAAGCGUUAGUUUAUUGCUUGAAUAAUCAAGAAUCUGAGGAUUCCGAAAAAGGAAUCAACUCUGCCUCCUUCGAAGGUGAUGCUGAAUAUAAAAUCUAAUGAUCAAUACCCAUAAGUAAGUUUUAGUUGCAAAUGAGUCAGCGAUUGGCGUUGCCGCAAAACACAUACGAGGCUUGUGAAGUUUUAGAAACAAAUUCUACAAACAUUGAAAAAGUCUGUGUUUGGUGAUACUUACUUUUCCUUGAGGUUUUUCCUUUUUUUUUCCUUUCUGUUUGUAACCUUUCUUUCCCGCUGUUUCAUUUGUCUUUUCCAAGGGUGACUCUGGAAUCUGCGAGUAAGAUCAAAAUGCAUUAAAAAGUUAACAAGUAUAGGUAUGUCAAACUUAAAGGUAGUCUGUUGAACGAAUACUUACCGAUUCCUUCUUUGCUCUUGCUUGGCGUGGCGGCAGAUCGCUCUCUGUGAAAGUUUGCUGAACCUCCACUUCCAGCGGGUACCUAUCCACAACCGCCAUCUGCUCCUUACAAGUCUUGCCCAAAUCACCUGCACUUUCUGCCUCUCUUUAAGUGGGGACGAAUUGAUGAUUGUCAAACGGUAAAGGUUCAAAUACUGUCCACGCUUCCAGAUGAUUUUAACAACUUUGUUUUCCAUGAUAGAUUUUCAAUUUUAAUGGUGGUAAUGAGAGUGGCUGAAGCGGACUAUUUGGGCUUUUACACUUCUCUUACGGCUAAGACAGAUCGAAAAGUCUGUAAUCUGAUUGGCCGGUUUAGUUUACAUUAUCAUGCAAACUACCCUGUUGUUUGCAACUUUACGUUGACAAUAACUAAGUUUGGCGUCCACUAGCGUGCUUAUUGUCAUUAAAAUAAUUAUAAUGACAACAGACACGCGUAGGCGUUGUUUGGUGAAACAGUUUUCUAAGCACUUACUACUUUAACUUACUACUUUACAGUUUUGUUUCAGGUCGUUAAAUUAAGAAAAGCAUGUUCGUUGAUAAUUCUUAACUCGUCCGAAAAGUAUUUUUAUUGCUAUUGGAAGAUAAUCAAAAGCAGUUUUCUUUUGUCCUGCUUCAUGAUGACAUUAGUUUCAAACCCCGAGAAAAAGAUGGUGUUGGGAAAUAGUAUUUUCAAAGUUACGUCCGUUCCCAGCAGAGACUCCAGUGGAAACCAAGUCGCUUUCUGAACAAUUUCUCCGUAUUUGUGUGAACUUUUAAUUUUACAUCCUCAAAACCAAAAAUUAGUUAAACUUUAAGAUCUAACCUUACAUAUGAUAUAAAUUUCAUUUGAUGCGAUAACGAUUCGCAUUCAUAAGAACGAAAUCGUGUCACAGGUUACGUCGUCAUUCUUCAUGAUUAACACAAGGAAAGGACGCCAAGACCGUUUCUGUAAACUUUGCUUAUUAUUAUGACCAUAAUCUUCGUGAUAUCAACAUGUUCUAUUUCAUUUAACGGUUAACCUUCCAUAAUUGAGUCCCUCUUCCUUUCCUUUUUUCUCUUCUCGUUUCGCUUUACGCAAACUGAUCAUAAUCUUUUUCAUAUCAGCUUUUUUUGUUUUUAUUUUAGGAUUUUAGUGUGAGAAACGAAGUUUCUUUAAUUAUAUCCCACUGUUUAACUAUAUCAAUACUGUAGAGAGUUCUUUGUGAUACGAAUAUCUCACUGGUUAUUGACUUUCAUUAGAUUUGGUGCCUCCUAAGAGCCAUUUUUAGCCAACUACUGUGCAAUGUCAAUAGAUAAUUAGGUGGAGCAGGGCGCGGUGGCUCCCAAAAGAGCCGCUUGUAAUAUUUUGUUUCAGCACCUCGAGCCUCGAGCCUCCAACACAGCUGAAACAACCUUUCGCAAAAUAUGUUCUAUUUAUUUUGCACGCUUCUCCGGCGUGACCUUCCUCUCCCAGAACUUCUUUAUACAAUUUACAAGCUCCUGCUUGUUGUGAGGUUUUACUUUUCACUCCAAGUAGAACUUGAGUUCACGCCACAAGGUUUCCAUGGGCUUAAGGUCAGGACUCAUCAGAGGGAGUACGCCACCAGUUGAUUUUUUUCCUCGUCGAAGAGAGUUUUCGCUCGCCUACGCGUGUGCUUCAGGUCAUUAUCCUGUAUGAACUGGUGCUCGUAACUUUAAUAAUAGUAAUAAACGGAAUAAGCGUCGUCUCUGGAACAUUGCAAAAGAGAUCGGCACCCAUGAUGCCAUCAAAUAUGCAAAUCUUGGUGGCACCCUGUCUACUGAUUCCCCCCACACAUGAACAAUGGAGGGGAGAUCGAGCACUCGUCGCUGAAAAUCAUGUUGUGGAAAGUGUUGCCACUCUCUAAGAUGCGUUGAGCUAGCUCCAGACGCUUGGCUUUUUCGGUGCCACGAAUCAGCUGGCAAUAAGCAGUCCGCUGCAUAGUAUAGCCUUGCUGCUCUCACGCUCUCGUACCGUGGACGAACUGACGAGAAUUCCACGUUUUGCCAGCCUCUUAACUUAACGGGCGCAAAAUCAUGUUUUAAAAUAAAAAUGUAAAGAACAGAGGAGCAGGUUAAUUUUAUCUCUUUAGCUGAAAGUUUUAUUGUAUAACUCUCAAAAAUUUUGAAACGCACAUCUAAAAUAAAACAAAAAAAACUUCACAGGCCGUUAAACUACCUGGACUUCCGAUAAACGGGCCCCUGGAGGGAAAAUUAGGUAGUGCUCUCCACGACGACAGCCAAUAUAUUUAGUUAUGUGAAGCCGGUUUAGGUGUCGCCACAUUUCACUUAUUUUGGGCCACAGAAACCCGAUCAGUCUUCAAUGCACUUCUCGUCCUUCGUCUUUCCAGCUGAGAAAAUGUGGCAGACUUUUGUCGCCAGCUUUGAAGUAGCGAAAACUUCAGCCCAACAGUCUUUGCAACACUUUCAGCCUUUCCGUCAGAUUCACAGCAGUCGUCGUGAACAGCCAUAUAACAGCCUCCAUGAUCACUUGCAACGAAUUGCCCACCAGCAUGUUCAGCUAAUGUACAAAUAAACAAAUAAACAAAUAUUCCUUCAAGUGCAAAGGGUGAAGUCGACCUUUUAUCUUGUUUCGUUGACUUCUUUUUCAAAUAAAAAUUUGAAGGUCGUUUUGUUGCGGGCAAAUUCCGAGGUAAAACGAGUAGCAUUUCACUUUUAUUUAGGUCUUCAGCCAAUGAAAUUAAGGCCUGUUGUAAGGAGGAAAUGCUUUAGAAAAAAUUUGUAGUUGCGCUUAGGUUUAGUUGUUGAUAUUGUAGAUACUUAGAGGAAAUAAACAAAAACUCGGAGUUUUGUUAUUUCAUACAAUGUACCUUCCAAUUCCAAAACGUUUUUCCAUUGGUGGAGAAAGUGUGACAUGCCAUUCGUCAAAACUCAUCAAAAGCUCGGAUGCAUUGGGCGAAUUUCUGUCUAUCAGUACGCACUUUUUUUCUACAAAAAGUUUAAGCCGUAGAAAACUUCUGAAGUGCCUUCCUGUCAAUCAAGUAAAUUUGAUCUCACUUUAAGAGAGUCUAUUCACACAGAAACCAACCAAAAUAUUUAAUUUUUGCGCGGCAAUCGAGCUGUGAAGACGAAGGACGACAAAGAGAAGAACAAAGAAAAAAAAUAGAAUAAAAUAUGAGCAAUAAUUGUUAUCACGAAGCAACAGUUUCCCUAAGGAAUUACAGUUUUUACAUGUUAACAUAACCUUUCUCUCGAACAGAACCUAAAGAAAGGUGUUCAAUUUUAAUGUGAUGGACCUUGUGGUUAUCAAAUAUUUAGUUGUUUGCAAGUGCGCACGCAAUAAUAGAAUUUUAAAUUUAUUGCAGACAAAAUUUGUUGAGAUUUUCGGCAAAGCAGAACAACUUUUUUCACCCUAGUAUGUAGGGUACCUAACCCCUUUAGGCAAACAAAAAUUAGAAGUAUUGUUUUUUUUAAUAUAUAUAUCUUACAAUUUGAAACAAACAGUUUUAAGAAUUAUGUCUAAAAUUUCUAUUUAUUACGAACUUUAUUUUUUUUUGUCUAAAGUUUAGAACAUAGUGUAAUAAAAAAGAGCAAUAAUUCGGCCGUUGAUUUACUAUGACAAUAUCUAAAACCAUACUAUUCUACCACAAGCACAGUUAUCCAUUUCUAGUUAAAAAAUCAUUUCAAAUUUUUAACAUUUUUGGAUCAGCUAAAAGAGUUAGGUUGACAGAAUAAGGGAACGAUUUAGAAAUCUAAAACCAUAUAUAAAAUAUCGCAUUCAAAAAUAUGUUUUAAGAACUUGAUAACACUUCCUGUUCUUCUCGUACUGGUUUAUUUUCAUUUACUUUCAGCAUCUAAUUACGAUGCUAGCAAGCAGAAAUUGUAGAAAUGAUAUCAAUACAGUAUGGCAAAAUAUCCGGAAUUGUGUCCGAGAGAUCGCCUUCUUUGCAACGUGGUAGAAUUACUAUAGAGGUAUCCAGGAAUUUGUAAUGAAUUCUUACCUUCGUUCAGUUUCCCUAAAGUUUUUCAUUCAAACAAACAGUCUACAUACUAUUGCCCGUGCAAAUUUAAAAUACUUAUCAUCACAAUUGUAGUUUUCUUUAGCCUGAAUCAGACUCUCAGGUAAUAAACGAGUCACGAUAGUAUGAACACAACCUGACCAAAAUCUCCCUGGUUUUUCGUUUUGGUUUUUCACUCUGUUGCUGCUAAAGCACUUUGCAACAGAAAACUUGAGGAAGCUUGGAUUUUUGACAAAAAAAUUAAUUUUUGGUAGUGGAGUCGAGCCAAAAGUCCGUGAUGAUUUUGAAGAUGCUCCUCUACCUAGAGGCAUCUAGCCUAUGAGGCCCUUGACUUAAGAUUUCUCUUAGAUUGAUAAAGGGAGGCUCUGUUCCUCAGGAAUUUCUUAUAUAAAUAUAUCAUCCUGGUACCAAUUGAGGAAAAUAAGGAAUGUGUUAGAUUCAAAUUGGGUUUCCGCUUUUUUGCGAGAUGAGAUCCUCUCACGUGCAGCGUCUAGGGCACUGUUGCACUCGUCUCCUUUCUCAAAUACAAGGAUUUUCAUCAAAAAUUUUUCAUGAGCGACAACGUUUUCAUGUCCGUUAAAAUAUAAAGCUGGACUUCACAAAUUGCUCAUUUUUAUUAAAAGAGAAUUUGAAAGUAGCUAUCCAAGUAGCAACAUAGAUGGUGUUAUUUUUAUUGCUGCAGUAAUGCAAUUAUUUUUCAGUGUGCAAUGUGUAAGUUAAAGUAUUUUGCCUGUAGUCAGUAUUCUAACCAUGGGUUAAUGACUUGCUACAAUUUUCCAUCUCAAAAGCGUUAUAUUUUCUGCCCAAGGCACUCCAUGGACCGAUACAAGAUUAACCCUUCCUUGUUGCAUUAUCAUGCAUUCUCUAGGCUAUUAAAAGAGGUUAUGAUUUAUAACUAGGCGAAAUGUAUGAGCGAUGAAAUAAACUGAGAUUGAGAUUUUGAUUUGAUUUAAAUUUUUAGACAAACCUGAAGGUGCGAGGCUCACGACCGAUGAUGCACAAAAUACCGUCACUGAAGGAGACACUGUUACAUUCAAGUGCAUAAUUAUGGCUGCUGUGCCACAAGUGUCAAUUUACAAGUUCUAUUUCAAUGGCAGCCUCUUAAGCGAGAACAGCAACAGUGAGUAUACUCUCAAUAACGUCAAUCGAUCUCAGCACUAUGGCGAGUACAAAUGUAUCCCACAUAAUGACGUUGGAGAUGGAGCAAAAGCCACUGUGAGACUUAACAUAAAGGGUAAGUACAAACAUAUUUGAGCAUUUUUAAGUACUUUUGAUUUAUAAUCCAAAACAGGACAAGGCUGUGCUCUAGGAAAAUUUUCAGGGCGCCCUUUGGGCGCCAAACCAUGACAAGUAGGUCGCCCAGCCUUCCAGGUUGGUCGCCCAAAUUGAUUAAUUAAUAAUUAAUUGAUUGAUUAAUUAAUUAAUAAUCCAUUUUAUAGUUGCCAAACAGUUUCAUGUUCAAUAUUCACUUCACCGGGCACGGGCGGCGAAGUGAGUUACUAUAUUUAGCGGUCACAUACUCUAUUUUGGCGAACUUGUGAUAUCGUGAAAUCCUGUUAUAAAUUAACCACAUACAUGUUAAAACCGCUAAGAAAAUUUCUUUGAAGACCACUAAAAUAGGUUUCGAAACAAAAGGGUUCUUAUAUUAAAGUUUCGUUUUCGUCAAAUUUUGAUCGAAUGAUUAAAAUUGCGAGCAAGUCGCCAAAUAUGGUCCUGAUAAACAUCUUGCAUGCCACGGACGAAGCUAAUUAAAUAAACACAAAUUUGCAUAAAGGACGGUUUCGUUUUAUUAAUCACGCGCUCCACUAUUGAAACUGUUGAAACAAAAAUUAAAUAUAAGCAUCAGCCACUUCAAUAGAAAAAUUAGAUCUUCAACACAUGCUUGUCCAAAAAUCGUACAGUUUCUCACGGGCAAGGAAAAAAUAAUUUUUCGUGCUAAAUCAUGUGAAACAAUAUUACAUAACACACGCGACAAGUUUGAGCGUGAACAAUUCUUGUUGUUGUCCUGCCGAAUAUUUUUUAGUUCUGCAAAUGUGAUCAAAUUAGCAAGUAAAAUUAUAAAAUGUUAGUUACAAUCAGUUGCUCGCUUUAUCGCGUCGUUCAAUGGACAAGAAACCUGGGCCAUGUACUAUAUUAAUAAACCGGAAGAGAAACCACCGAAGCGAAACAAGACCCGUGACCUAACUUAAUAUUUAACCUAAAUGUACAGAUCACACAGGCUAUUGAUUGCACUGUGCUUUCAGCGCUUUUGCUUUUCGGGCUAACGGGAGCCGGGGAGCACGAUGGAGUUUCUUUUUGUUUCGUUCCGUUCCGUUUCUAUACGUUUGCUGGUUUCGUUUCGGGUUUUCACACAAGCCGAAAUCAAUGCGCCCGGACGGGCGACCGCUUUUCUUUUUCAGUCGCCCGAGACCAAAUGUUAGUCGCCUGUGGCGACCGGGCGCCGCUAGAGCACAGCCUUGCAGUAAAAAUGUUUUAUACCAGUUUACAUUGCGUCAAUAAAACUCCCCACACAGUGAAUCAUUACAACCCCGAACAGGGAGGAAUAGAGACCCUGGUAAUGAGGUUGACGUGUUGUGCGUGGCGAUCAACACAUGUGCUAGUUAGCAUUAUUUUCAGGCAGAUGAAGACUUUUGUUGAUGUUCCUGAUGUUUUGAACAGAAUUUCGAGGAUAGGGAAUGUUUUCUUCAGAUGUAGUGUAUGAUGUCAGUAUCAGUUGAACUGAUAUGUUGUCAAAAUGAAUUAAAAUAUUGGUUUGCGAAAAUGAGCCAAAAUUAAAAAAAAACCACAAUGAACAACCUCGAGUCGAGAUAUAACUAGUCAAUUAUAUGCUGCCUUCAAUCCUAAUAAGCCAGGAAAACUGCAAGUGGUGUUUGACUGCACAACCCGAUACAAAGGGACAUCGCUUAACGACCAACCACUCAGUGGUCCAGACUUGACUAACAGCCUGCUUGGUGUCCUCUUAAGAGUUCUUCAGGAACCAGUACCUCUCUCCUCAGGCAUUGAAGCCAUAUUCCAUCAAGUAAUGGUUGAUCCAAACGAUGGUGAUACCUUGACGUUCCUUUGGUGGCCUGACGAUGACUUAUCUAAGGAGCCUGUUGAGUACACCUUUUUGGUGGCACGUCUUCACCAAGUUGGAAAAAUUUUGGUCUUCGAAAGGCCGCUCAAUGAAGUGAUCAACACAGUAUUGAAGAACUUUUAGGUGGAUGACUGUUUUAAAUCGGUGUAACCAAUGAACUCGCCAGUAAAUUGAGAGACGAUUUGUGUGUCCAAUUGUCAAGAGGUGGAUUUCAAUUGGCUAAAUGCUUGUGUAACAGGAGGCAAGUCCUCAAAACCAUUCCAACCUCAGACAAAGCUUCAUCAAUUUUGGAUUUGUGUUCAAAUUCUUGUGUGUUUCCUAUUGAAGUAACCCUUGGUGUUCAGUGCAACAUGGAUAGCGACAUGUUUACUUUCAAGAUGGUACUAAAGGAUAAGGCCUUCACACGAAGAGGGAUUCUAUCAGUGACUUCAAGAUCUCUGCAAACAAGGACUCACCUGGGAUGAAGAGAUAGUGGGAAAGUAAUGUCAGUUUUGGAGACGAUGGCUAUCUAAUUUACCUAUGCUUUCAAGUGUUGCCUUACCAAUAUGUCUGAAAACAAUCGACUUUGGCUGGGUACAUAAUGUAGAGCUUCACGACUUCGCAGAUGCCUCUCAGAUUGCUUAUGGGACUGUUUCAUAUGCAAAACUCGUCUUUGAAAAUGGCCGCACCCAUUGCAGUCUCCUCGCUGGGAAAUCUCGCUUGGCUCGCGUGGAACUGAUGACUAUACCCAGAUUGGAAUUGUCAGCUGCUGUUUUAGCUGUCAGAAUGAAUCAGAAGUUCAACACAGUGUUUUGGUUAGUCUCCAGAGCUGUCCUCCAAUAUAUCACGAGCAAAGAGACAAACGAUUCUACAUGUUUGUGGCCAAUUGCCUGACAGUGAUACAUGAUGGCUCAGAGCCUUCCCAGUAGAACUUUGUGCCAACAAGCAUCAACCUAGCUGACGAUGCCAGCCGAGGACUAACGGUAAAGGAGUUAUUAAAGAGGGAGUUUUGGUUCAGAGGCCCUAAGUUUCUUUAGGAAAGUGAAACAUCGUAGCCCACUUAUCCAGUCUCUUUAGUCAGACCGAGCGGUCAGGGUCAAGCUCGAACAAAGCAUGUUACUCUCAUAGAGGGGACCUCAUGAAGGACCACUGAACCUAAUGGUUCUGCAAUAUUCGUCAUGGUUUAAGCUUCAGAAGGGAGUUGCUUGGCGUCUGAGAUUUUAAAAAAAUUCCUUAAGAGCAAGAGGUACUUACAAGAGGAUCCUGUUGAUCCAUUACCUUGUGGACUGCUGUCGAUGGACGAAUUACGACAUGCAGAGGCUCAAAUCAUCACAUACGUGUAAAAAUUAGCUUUCUCGCCAGUGUUUAAUGCCCUCCCAGACUUGAGCCCAGGCGAAUCUGAGAAGCGUAAAUUGAAGAUUAUUGGCUCAUUUGGUUCAGUGUACAAAUUGAGACCAUUUCUGGAUGGAGCGGGAAUAUUGAGAGUCGGUGGUCGGCUUCAAAAUUCUUCAUCAGAUUAACAAUCGAGACAUCAAUUGUUGUCACCUUCAAAGCACCAUGUUACCAAACUGCUCAUUAUGGAUGUUCAUUAGUCUGUGGGUCAUCUAGGUCAAGAAUAUGUCCAGACCAGUUUGAGAAAAAAGUACUGGAUCUUUAAGGGACGGGCUGCUCUUUGAAGUGUACUCAGUAACUGUUUGACAUGCUAAAAAAAAAAUGCUGCAAAGGGCCAACAAUUGAUGUUAGAUUUACCUGGCAACAAGCUUAUUCCAGAUAAACCCCUGUUUUCUAACGUUGGCAUAAAUUCCUUUGGCCCACUGUAUGUGAAGCAAGGCAGAAGUACAGUUAAAAGCUAUGGUGUCUUUUCUCUUGCUUAACUAUCCGAGCAAUCCACAUUGAAGUGACCGAGUCUCUGGAAACAGAAUCGUUUGUUCGCGCUCUAUGCAGAUUCAUCAGCAGAAGAGGGACGCCAAAAAUGAUAAGAGGUAACAAUGGUAUGAACUUAAGUAGCGGAGAGAGAGAAAUCCCUGAAGCCCUGAACAACUGGAAUCAGCAGAAGGUAGAAGUUUUCCUUCAUCAGGAGAACAUCAAGAGGAAGUUUAAUUUCCAUGAACGCAUGAUUCGUUUAGUGAGAAAGAUCUUAAGAGCCCUUUUUAAGCAACAAUUGGUUUUGGAGACGCACUGCCAACGUUGAUGGCAGGAGUUGAUGGAAUUCUCAAUGGUUGACCAUUGACUCUUAACAAUGGCAUGCAGUCCUAUUGAUUCACCAUCUUCGACUACUGACCAUUUGUUACUUCGAUGGCAUUUAAAUUUGCCACCAGGAGUCUUCGUUAAGAUGAUUUGUACUGCCAUCGUCGCUGGAAGCUGGUUCAAUACCUUCCUGACGUAUUUUGGAGGAGAUGGUUUUCGUAAUAUCUGUUAAAUUUGCAAGAACGGCAGAAAUGGAUCAGACCACGUCAUAGUUUUGCUGUGGGUAACCUGGUUUUAAUUCCUGAUGAAAGAUUUCACUCCAGUCGGCGGCCUUUGGGUCGCGUUCUCGAAGUUCACCCAGGAAGGGAUGGAUUUAUCCGAUCCGAUCGCCCAAUACUUAAAGUAAACUUAAGGGGUUGGAAUGUAGCAACUAGAAUUUGAAUUUCUGUCUAUUGUCAAGUAACUGCGGAAAUAUUUUAUAUUGUUUUUCUUUCAAUUGAACUACUAUUGUGAUGUUCUGUUUCGAUUCAAUUAAGCCCGCUUUUUUGCAUGAGUUUGUGUAAGAAUUACGUAGUGCUGGUAGCACUUUAUUUCUCGCUAGUACAAGCUUUGUUUUAGUUACAUACUUUUCAUUACUAGUUGAUUUCAGAUAAGUCAGUCUUUUCAUUAAUUUUUGCUAGCGCCGUGUUACUUUUGUUUAAGAGUUUCAUUACCAGACCUAAUUACGCCACAAAUUGUAAGUUCGUUUCUUUCUUAUGUAGCUCUGUCGUUAGUCUUGUUGUUAUAUGUGUACUUAGAUAUUUGUAUUAGUAUUCUAUGUUCUAUUGAGUUUAACACUAAAAAGGUCAGUUUUGCUCUAAGAUUUUAUGGACCUCUCUGUAGUUCUCUGACAUUUUGGGUACUUCUUAGUGAUAGUAUUGACAAUGAUAAUAAUUAUAAUGAUGAUGAUAGUGAUAAUAAUAUCAGUGAUAAUAAUAUCAGUGAUAAUAAUAUCAGUGAUAAUAAUAUCAGUGAUAAUAAUAUCAGUGAUAAUAAUAUCAGUGAUAAUAAUAUCAAUGAUAAUAAUAUCAAUGAUAAUAAUUUUGGUGACGAUGAUAUGAAUAAUAAUAACAGUUCUAGGAAGUAUAGUCUAUCAUACCCUGAACCUCCGUGAAAAAAAUUACUUAAGCUAACUUAUUAUUAUUAUCAUGUGAUUUGAGGUUGGUAUGAUGAUGACAUAAAAUUUAAAAUUGCUUGUCGAUCAUUUUAAAACGUAUUUUGUUUUUUCCCAGUUCAAACAGUUUCAAGUACAGUUGCCACCUCAUCCCAAACAACUCCCGCAGGUAAAUGUUCUUUUAUAGGCGUUUUCUUUUUUUUAUUACAUGUGAAACUAUGUAAUCAUAAUAGCAUGUUCUUUAAUAGAUAAUUACUGAGGUUCGCAGCAUUAUACCCAAUAAUGCUGCGAACCUCAGUAAUUAACUAUUAUAAUUAUUGACCCUCAUAAAAUCCUAUUGUUCUCUCUCUGCAUUACAUCGACGAUUUCAGUCGCCCCUUCAUAUCUUCAUAUUUUCUCAGGCUGAAAUCGCCGAUAUAAUGCUGAGAGAGAACAAUAGGAUUUUAUGAGGGUCAGUAAUUAUUUAGUGUUACAAAAUGAGUUUGAGUAAAAGAAAAAGAGUGAAUUAGGUCACUGAAGGCCUGGAACUUAGCGAAGGACUGUAGACUCACAAACAGUCAUAACAAUGUUCAAGCUGCAUUAUUGUUAGAUGGAACCACUUCUCGGCAGUUUUUGUGAACCAAGGCUCUUCAUGUUUUUCGUAAAUGUAAAAGGACACGGCUUUUCUUCAGCUUCAGAAAGCACAGAAGUUUACCUGACAGCGACGAUACAGGGGAACUGUAGCACACGUUCAGAAGUUGCUGCGAAAUUUCCAGAAAUGGUUAGAUAAUCUACUUGAUCUGUGUACCGUAGUGUAUAGAAUACUGCCAUGAUAUUUAUCAUUAAAAGGGAAUCUUAAUCAAUCUAUUGUUGACCGAAAUCUCAAUAUUUCUGUUAAAACAAAAUGACAUUUUGAGCGAUCUUCAAUUACGAAUCAAACAAGUAUUCAAAUUUACAUUUUUUCUUUAAAUGUGCUUUUAGGCUUGUCAAAUUGCCUUUAAGUUUGGCUGCUCAUCCGCCAACACCGUGAACACCAGGUAAGGUGCAGUUUGUCUCAACACUGAAACAACAAAAGCUAACACAAAUCUGUGUUCUGGGGCGGAGAGGAGCUUUAUCUCAGUUUGGCGUAUUUUAGUGUUAAAAUUGAUGUUUCUGCUCUAAAAAAUCUUAGUUAAUGCAAAAUAAUCUACAUUUGAAGUACAUUUUAUUUAAUGUACAGCAACAGAUUGACACAGAAUGACAUGAAUUAAUUUUAUUUACCUUGGUUUAUUAGAUCAAAAAUACUCUUUUGGUUAAAUCUCAAUGUAUUUUAACACUUGAAAGUCACCAAAGUACAAAUAGAAUGCCGAAUAGAGAACCGUGCCGUAAAGAGCACAAUGCAUAAAUUAUGACUGAUUAUGCAAUUGAAGCCGUGUGGUUACUCAAUUUUUGUCACGCAAGGUGCGCCUUCGUCGAAUUGCUCUCGCUGUAAACUCUGUCCUUUCGGUAACAUACUUUGUUUGGCGCUGGAUUCUUUCUAAUCUUUAGGCUACUCAUUUAUAAUAAGUCAAAACAGACCACAAGACGCCUAUAUCCCCAAGUGUAACGUUGCGUAACUUAAGUACUGCGGUUCUCCUAACUCAUAACCUGUUUAACUAUUUCUCAAGUAACGUUAUUUAAAUUAAGGUAGCGACAAUUUUUUUCACAGAGCAAAGACAGAAACAAGGUCCUAUAAUGAAAAUGUUAUUUAUUGUAACAAAUGGCUUUGUAUUGUAAUCGUAAUAAGCUUUCAAGGGAGAGAUAAACAAAUAUUAGGAAUAGGAAAUGUAAUUAUAUUCUCCAAAGGUGACAAAUGUUUGAAUAGGUGAAGAAUGUAAAAGCGGAUGAAGAAACUACUUGAAAACCUAAAGGAACUCUUCCCACGAUUUCGUUUUGUAUAAUACCGACUGUAUAAUCAGUCAUAACUUAUGCGUCUUACUCUUUUCGGUACGGUGUUCGAUUCGGCAUUUUACAUCCUUCCCCCCCUUACCUAGGUGUGGCAGUGUUGUUCUCGACUUCAUGAUGAGGUUCAAUCGAAGUGUAGUCGUCAGCAAUGUUUUGACUGUCCUGUUGGAUGCUGCAAGGCAAGAGAAAUUCGGAGGUUUCAAUGUCGAUCCAGAAUCAAUUAAACAAGUUUUUAUAACCACAGACGGCUCGGAAAGCACAACAAAAAGUAUGUUUUACAAAGAAAUAUUAUUGUUAAGUGUUUACACGUAUUCGUCCGAAGAUGGACAUUUUUAAUUGUAUUCCGUAUCUGUUUAAUUAAACAAGUCAUUUCUGUGAUUCAUAUAUUUCCAAGUUUUAUUUUCGCCGCUGUUGUUGUUUUUAUUAAAUUAAACAAAAUCUUACUUUUAAAAAUUAUUAUAGAGAGAGUAGCACCUUGCUUUUCCUUAGCACCUAGCCAGUUCGAGUUAACGGUUUUCGUUCUAGAGCAUAAGCUAUGUAGUGAGAGCAGUGUAUUGACCACGAUCACUGUAAAUGUUGUUUGAAUGUUAUCUGAUCAAGCUUUGUAAACUGAAUCAUUUUAGGUCCUGAGGAAUGUAACUGCCCUUCUAACAACGUCUCGUUAGCCAUAAAUGGGGUUCUUGCCUUCACAAUCGUUCUUCUAAUUAUUUACAUAAUCUGGCUACAUAAGAAAGGUAGGUAAAAAAUUCAUAAUCUAUGAUAGAGGGUUUGGCUGCAAGAUUCAUUAUUAAGCAAAAGCAACUCUUGACCUACAUCCACAUCAUUUGUCUUUUUUUUCCUUUCGUUCUUUUUCAGGCGCUGUAGGGAAACAGAGGUAAGAAUUUGGCACUUGGAUUGUGUCAAUGUAAUGUUCCAGAUAUGGUAUCAUCGUAUAACAAACUUCCACUUAAACUGAUUCUUUCCUCAAAAUAAAUAUUUUUAUGCUUUCUCAAUUGUAGGACUUAUGAAGAUGAAAGAGGUGUUUCCUACGUAAGUUACAGCUAAGACAUUGAGGUCAUGUUAGUGUGGCCAGUAAUUAUGUAAUCUCACUUUACCUCUACUCUCUAGAAGGAAAUAAACGCUUGCAACAAAUAGGAAGGAAAAAGGUGUAGUUCUGCCAAAAAGGCAUAAUGCAUUAAUGACAGGCACAAUAAAAUAUGGAAAGAAGUUUGACUCGAUAGGAUCUUUGUCCUGGGAUCAUGUCCUUUACCAAGCUGCUCCAUCGAUUUUCCUUCGGUUGUCCCUGGUUCAACUGCGUGGUUUCACUUCAUAGAUCGCAAACUGGUCUGCACCCGGUUGAUAUUUGUUUUGUAAAUGAUUUUUUUUUCACGCCGUUUUGGCCGUCUCUUUAUCUUGAUGCCUUAUUUUCCAAGCGUUAGUCCAGGAGCUUAGUACAGCAAGAGUUUUUUUUUCGUGUGUGCAUUUGUCAAAAAAUCGCACUACCAAUCGACGAUCUUCAUGUUGCGGUUUGUAGCUUCAACGAAUAUGCUAUGAACCUCGAUCACUGCAUUGGACAUGAUAGUUUCAAUGGCAGAGAACAAAGUGUUAGUAAUAAUAAAUAUUAGUAAUAUUUAAGGACAAGAGAUUAUAAACUAUUAAUAAUCUCUUGCUAUGAAAUAAUAUAAACGCUUGUCUGAUGAAAACGGUUAACUGAUUUUUAUGAAAAUGUAGGAAAUUUUAUUGGGAUUAAUAACAGAUUUGUAUAUGAUACCUUAACGGUAUGUUGGUUUAAUAGAAUGAAACAGGAUUAGAAGAUAGCGAACCAAGUCUACCCGAUUCAGCAAAACUCACCCAGCCUCCUGCGGAAUAUAUGGAUCUCAUAGAAGUCAAUAAACAUGAUAGAAAAGCACAAAGUGCCGCUUCAGGUGCUGAUUACGUGCCUCUUCAUCCGUUAACACGCUGCUGGGAAGUUUCAAGACACCACGUGACCAUAGAAAAAAUUAUUGGUAAAGGUGCUUUUGGUCAGGUUGCCAAGGGAACAGCAGUAGGACUUCGAGGGAGUCCUGAAGCGACCACAGUGGCUAUUAAGAUGCUUAAAAGUGAGUUCUUGAACUGUAAAUUGAAUGACAGUCUUGGCCUACAGUCAUAUACUGUUACCGGGUUACGUAACUUUUGGCUAUUUGUCAUUCGAUAACUUGUGUCGCUAUUCGACAUUUUGCAUAUUAUUUCCGUUAACCAAAUUUUACUCCUUGUUUUUAACGCUCCAGCAAACGCUACUGAAUCGGACAAGAGAGAUUUGAUGAAAGAACUUGACACAAUGAAGCAGCUGAAACCACAUCCUUAUGUCAUUAAACUUCUGGGAUGCGUUACAGAAUCUGGUAAGCUUUGAUUAUGAGGUCCAAUUUUGCUGUACACAUUUUGCAUCUGAUUUACUCUGUAACGCUUUCUCGUCAUUGAUAAUUUGCGUCAAUGGAAGAUUCACUGCUUCACAAUCGCGCACAACAAACAACCAUCGCAUAUGGUAAUUUUAUCCUUUUUUAGCUAACAGCGACGCUCUUGGAUUUGCUGAUAGACGAAGACCAAAUAUUUGCCAUUGUCCAAGCCAUUCUGUUGUAUGAACAGAAUCGUUUUUUCUAAGGGAAUAUUUGGCCUGUAUCUUCUUAUGAGACCGUUACAAAGUUUUUCAGCUUUUCUUCGUAAAACUACAUCUUGUUUUCGCGCGAUUUCUUCAAAAGUAUUGAACCUGACUGUGCUAUUUAUUUAUUUUACUUAUUGCUAAUUUUUUUAGAGGGAGAAAUAUUUAAAUGAAACUGUUUAAUUUCUUCAGAACAGCUGCUGGUUUUGAUUGAAUAUGUGCCUUUUGGGGAUCUGCUGGGUUACCUGAGAAAGAGCCGUGGAUUAAAAGACACUUACUUCAAAGACCCGGAUAUCAAACCACAAACAAAUCUGACGUCACAGCAGCUGAUGAAGUUUGCUUGGCAAAUUGCUGAUGGAAUGAGUUAUUUGUCCUCAAAAUCUGUAAGUUAAUUACAAAGGCACCAAAGAAGAACAAUUUUAAAACCUUCUUGUAAGGUGUAUCGUCAGGUGAGGCUAUGUCUUGCAUAGAAUAAUAUGUCUUCACAAGAUCACGCCCGGGAUAUGCAAACGUAUUCUUACCGUCUCGUUGAGGCUGUUUCCGGGAACCCUACCAGUUUUGACGUCAUCACCAAAGUUAUAUUUCAGUGUGCGAAUGGCCAUAUUUGCGCAUCGCUGCAAGUGCACCUCAUCGAAAUUAAAUAUCUGGGUUUUUCUCGUGUAUGCAAAGGCAGAGAUGUGAAUGAAUAGGAUCUUUUAUUCAGCCUAAACUGAGUGUACAACGAAUAUCCAUUUUAGUGACAAGAAAGAAAAGGAAUUAAAACUUGAAAUUCAAAAAUUCGUCUUUGGUUGUUAAACUGCUACAUAACAGAAACCUAUUUCGAAUAAAAUCUUAAGAUAAGCUUUCUACGAAAUAAUUAGGUAUUGCAGAAAUGAAGUAGUUUGCUUCGCUUUGGAAGAUGGAGCAGUAACUAUAGUAAUUUUAAUUUUCUGCCAUCUGGAAGAAAGAGAAAUACACACACCAUAUUAUGUCGCUGGAUAUAUCUAUUUUCCUAUCUGAAUCAUUUCAUUUCAGUUCAUUUUCUUCUGAAAUCGCUAAUUUUUGCUCUCGUAUCAAUGCUUUCUUAGAUCAUUCACCGAGACCUUGCGGCUCGUAAUGUGUUGGUUGGACAAAAGGAAACUUGUAAAGUGACAGACUUCGGAAUGGCCAGAGAUGUGCAGCAGGAAAAUAUUUAUGAACGAAAGACUAAGGUAAUCAAGAAAGAGGGGAGGUGGGGGCGGUACUACAUAUCGUUCAGUUUAAUUAUCUUUAACAAUCAUUGUUGUGAUAAAGCUGAUAUACUCCUGAUUUCGAUGACAAAAUCCUUGGAUGGGACCAUAAUGAAAACAGCCAUUUGUAUACGAGUAUAAUUUUAAAUAUUACUGUCUUUGACCGGUCGCUUCCUAUAAUUUUUUAGCUGUUUCAAAAAGUGAUAUUUGAAAUCUUUAGGGCCGUCUUCCAGUGAAGUGGACAGCUUAUGAGGCCUUAAUGUAUGGUAAAUAUACCACCAAAAGUGAUGUGUAAGUAUACCCGAUUAUUACCCGUAGCAAUUUUCUAACAAGUUUUACCAAUAGAAUAAGAGGAAGGGUAAGUUUUGGGCUCGGUAAUGAAAUAGAGAAAGAUGUUUUUCAUCCUCUCACGAGCGUUGGACAAUGAAAAUAUUCUUCACUCCCCAUGAGGAAUCGAACCUCAGACCAUCGGAUUCCGCGCUCCGAUGCUCAUACCACUGAGCCACAGAGACUCUACGACUCUACUCUCUUGCAUACUGCAAGGAUCAGCAAUGUCGAUAGAGUCAUGUUUGUAAAUAAAAAUAAGAGAGAGAAUCGGAGCGCGGAAUCCGAAGGUCUGAGGUUCAAUUCCUCGUGGGGACUCAAAAUUUUUCCUUCGUCCCACAAUCGUGACAAGACGAAAAACAUCUUUCUCUAAGUUUUAUCAGUUUUAAUCAGGACAUGAAUUCUAUGCUUUGUCGAAGAAUACAUAUAUUUUAGUUGUCGUAUAAAAUGUUUAUGUCUUCAGUUACCCAAUAUAUAUUUGUUUGAUUUGUCUUUCUGCAGAUGGAGUUAUGGAGUUUUGCUGUACGAGAUUUUUACCAUAGGUAACAUCGAAUGGAAAUUUAUUAGGCCCUGUAUAUGUUUUUUGCUAUAUACCAUGUUCAAUUAAGCAAUGUAAGGUGUUCACUUAGACAAACGUAAAGAGCUUCAAACUACAUCAAAUGACAUGGGUGGUGUUUCAGUGAAGGUCGUUUUUUCGUCACAUUUAUAUUUCGAUGGUCUUAUGGCUCUUCCAGGUGGUUCACCUUACCCACAAAUGGAUGGAAGAAAAAUUGCAAACUUACUUCAGGAAGGAUACAGGAUGCCUAAACCACAACACGUUGAUGAGGAAUUGUAAGUUUUUUUUCAAUUCGUCCUCUCUCAUCCUACAAGGAAACGUUCUUUAAAUCUCUAACAGAUCAUUUGAACAAUACCAGGUAUCAGAUUAUGAUGAAGUGCUGGAAGAAUGACCCAGAUGCAAGACCAACUUUUACUGAAUUGAAAAAUCUGCUUAAGGACAUGGAAACCCUACACAAGGUGAGAAUUUUCUUCAGGUUAGACCGACUAACUUAGGCUUAGCUAAUUAGGGUUUUAAACUUAAUAGCGUUUAGCUUAGAUAGCGUACUUUUUACGCAGUUGGGAUUGCAUGUUCUUGUUAUGUCACUGAAGCUAGCACUCCACGAAAAACAAGGAGGAAGCGAACUAGAAUGUCCUUGCGACAAUUGACUCAUUAUGGUUAUUUAAAAGAUGGUAGGAUUAUUGCAAAAUUGUAUUGAUACGCACAAAGAGCAGCAAACGACACCGUAAAAUACUUUCUUGAAUUGGUUUUGGUGUGAAAAACUGACCACUUGGGAGGAUAAACGCUUAUAACGUAAGAGGAACACUUUUUUAAUGAUGCCAAUUAUUAUAUUAUUCUUUUCUGCAGAAGUUGAUCAACAUGACAAUGUACGACAAGCAGUUGUAUGCAAACGUCGAGGAUUUAAUGGUGUAGUUAGAUAGAUUUCCGCGGUAUAUGAUCGGCUAACAGUUUGAACACUUUGCCACAACAAGUUUCAGGGCUGAAUCAUCUUUUCCUCACACGCUUACUUGGUAGAAAAAGCCAUUUUGUGUUAAGCAAUUAGGCUGGAACGUUAUAACUCAAUUGAUUUUAUAUUCUUAAACGCUGUAACGCUUUUAUCAGUUUACCGAUAAAGUAUACUCUCAUUUUCUCUUUUACAUGUUUAGCACUUACACGCAUGCUCGACACAAGCGUUGGAGUUCAGUUUAUUUUCUGACUCAAUUCUGAAGGGCAGGAUAGUGCGGAAAAUAUCCAAUUAACUAGAUUGAUGAGAUCUCGUUCUGUAUGCCGUAGUUGUUUGCAGUUUCAGUAAAUUGCUAAAAAAUUGUUUUGCCGCAAAACCCGCUUGGUUUUAGGAAAGCUAUCCGGCGCAUAAACUGCUUUCCCUAAGACCGCAUCUACCUGCGAUACUAACUCGAAAUACUUUUACACUGAAAGUAUUAUUAAUUAAAAAUUAGCCUUAUCCUAAUAAAAAUUAUAAUUGGCACAUUACUUGUGCAAUCGUCUUAGCUUUGAGAGAUGAAUUUGCUGAAAAUUGUAUAUAAAAUUUUGAAGAUUUUUGCCCAGAUGGAAAUGACUAUUUCCUAACUUUUCUACGGGAAACGAAAUGUAGAGAAAUUGUGAAAUACAUGGUAUGGUAAGACCACAAGAAGCUAAAUUUUAAGAUCUGAUUUAUGCAGGUAAAUAACUUUAUCUCCUAGUAUUUGUCGCCACAAUCAGGAGCAUGUCGCGAAAGUGUGAUAAUAUUUUAACACCUACCAUUAAAAUGCACAGGUUUUACCCCUGGAGAUGUUUAUUAAAUCAUUAGUGCUCUCUCGAGUAGCCUGGAGAGGAUAAAAAAAUAAAAUAAUAAGAACGGGUGCUGACCAUACAAUUUUGGAACAGUCAACAAAAGUUAGUGCUCUGGGAAUUAUUGGUAGUUAUCGUCACGUAAACUGCGCUUGUCACGAAAGAGGAAAU